AUGGCCGUGGCCGUUCACACCACGGUCGCCAGCAUUGCUCUCCCCGAGAAGGCGGCAUACUCGAAGCUGUCUGACACCAUUGCCACGACCCCGGGCACACUUACUCCUGUUGCUUCAACCCCCGAAAAGAGCCUGGAGAUGCCCCGCGACAGCAACCUUUCUACCCCGCGAUCGUACCGCAAUGAGAACCCCUUCGAUACCGACAUCGAGGCUAUGAUCACCACGACAUCCUCCUCCGACCCGUACGCCAUGAAGAGCAUCUCAACUACAAAAGACUGCCCAACGAUAUGGCCGGGCAAGCAGGAUUGGAAGGCCAAGGCGAAGGCCGCGAAGCGUGACAGGGGUUCCUGCGCCUGCAUGGCCCGCAUGAGCAAGAAGAACCGCAUCAUCAUGAAGGUUGCCAUUGGCCUCCUCGUCAUUGGCGUCGGUGUUGGUGUUGGCUUCGGCGUCAGCAAGCCUUUGGGCGCACCCAUCUGGGGCACCCCUGAUGGAAACAAGUGA